AUGGAAGGAGACACAUCAGAGACUCCAUGGGGUAAAGUACCAAGAAGAGAGAGAAGCAUGCUAAAAAGGAAGGCGAGAGUUCACGACGACGGCCAAGGCAACGUUGCGGAGGAGACGACGGAAACGACGACGACACCUGAAUGGGUUGUGAAGCUGAUGAAGAAAUAUGAAGGCUAUGAUGCAAAUCAGAUUAUGGAGGUGAAAGAACUCAAAGCUACUGAUCUAGACACCAAUCAAGGUCGACUCUCACUCCCUAAACAUGUCGAUAGAAUCUUCUUGAGCAUUGGCGAACUAGGAACCCUAGCUACAGCUCCCAAGAAAGGCGUGAGCUCUCUCUUUAUUGAUACUAACGGAGAAGAGUAUGAUCUUGAGUUGAGAGACUGGGCAAAUGGAUUGGUGUUAACCAAGGGAUGGGAUAACGUGAUUAAGAAGGACGUGUUUGAGAUUGGUGAAAAAUACCCUCUUUGGUGUUUCCGCUCAAGAAACGAUAAGCUUUGUUUCACUCUGGUUAAACCUGACGAAGAAGUCCUUCCCAAUAAUGAUGCGGUAAGUCUUGUACAUGAAAGAAAGCUAGCGUUUGUGUUUCCUAUGGUGUUACUGAUUUGUCUAACGUACGUUCUCUUGUGUUUAAUGAUAUGCAGAAGCUAA